UUUUGAAAACUCCGGAUAUGAAAGCUCAAAAAUUUGGUGAAAGGGGCAUGCAAAAACUGUCCACUGAUAACUUGUGGUAACGUCUUACGCAAUAUGCCAGUCUUUACAUGCUGUAGAAACAGCUUUCACACGAUUACCUACUGCUUCAAUAAUAUAAGACAUUGUUUUGUAGACUUCUCAGCUAUUGUAACCAUUAUCAAGAGUUCUGGAGCAGGCCACUUGUAGACCCAUUACAACCUUCCUUGAAGCGUGCAAAGAUUUUUGAGAAGAAACUUACUUUGUGCAACGAUGUCUGAUGCAUGGGAAGAAAUUCAGGCCAUUAAAAGUAAACGGAACAGCCUUCGUGAGAAAUUACAAAAAAGAAAGAAAGAACGACAAGAUAUCUUAAACCAGUCUGGUGGAGCAUUAGCAUCAGAUGUCAGUCCUUCUCUAUCAAAAACAAAAGUGUUGUCUUCUGAAGGGAGUACAAGUGGAGUACCAUCUCCAGUAACUCAAGCCAAAGAUGAAACAGAAGUGGAGCCAGAAGAUGCAAUGAAACCAGACCCAGAAAUUGAAAAGCGAUUACUGCGCUGUCUCAGUGAAGUGUCCCUUACUUUGCCAACGACAUCAAGGGAACUAGCAGCUGCUGUUGGGAAGCAGCUAGGGCGCCAUGUUUUCCAUAUUUCAGUAGUCAACCUCCUGCAAAAGUUUACCACUCAGCAGCUCAUAGUUGUCAAAGAUGGGAGUAAGGAUGGAAAAACGUUCCUUGAAGUGGUCACUGCUGAACACACAAAGCUGGUGGCAAUGGUAAAUGAGGUAGAGGCUGAUGAAGCAGGGCCAGAAGCAGGGGACGAACAACCUGCAGAUGAAGUACCCAAGAAAAGGAGGGGAGAGGAAAUUGAGAGUGAACCGGCUCCUAAAGCUGCAAAAGUGGUGGCUCCUGACAAAGAUGAGAAGAAGAAAGAAAAGAGAGAUCCAAAGGCAGCUGAUAUCAUGUCACUGUUGUCAAUGCCAUCAAUUCGUGAGAAAGAAAACAAGAAAGUUGGUGAAGAAAUACUCGAUUUGCUGAGUAAGCCAACAGCUAAGGAACGAUCACUGGCAGAGAGGUUUCGUUCACAAGGCGGUGCACAAGUAAUGGAGUUCUGUCCACAUGGAACUAAGGUUGAGUGUACCAAAGUAAAUGCAUCAGAACCAUGUAAGAAAUUACACUUCAAGAAAAUAAUUCAGAAACACACGGAUGAAAGCCUUGGUGAUUGCUCAUUUCUUAACACGUGCUUCCACAUGGACACAUGCAAGUAUGUUCACUAUGAAGUGGAUGGGCCUACAGUACAGUUUCCAAAAGAAGCUGGUGGCAACAAGGUAGAGUGUGUGGAAGUAAAGACACUGGGCCGCACACAGCAGGACAUGACAAUUCUCUACCCUCCCCAGUGGGUGCAAUGUGACCUCCGCUACCUUGAUAUGACAGUAUUAGGAAAGUUUGCUGUAAUUAUGGCUGACCCUCCUUGGGAUAUCCACAUGGAACUGCCUUAUGGAACCAUGUCUGAUGAUGAAAUGCGACAACUUGGAAUUCCCACAUUGCAAGAUGAUGGACUUAUAUUUCUCUGGGUCACUGGCAGAGCCAUGGAAUUAGGUCGAGAAUGCCUCAAGCUUUGGGGUUACGAGCGUGUUGAUGAGAUCAUCUGGGUGAAGACUAAUCAACUACAGAGAAUUAUUAGAACUGGUAGAACAGGACACUGGCUGAACCAUGGCAAAGAACACUGCCUUGUUGGAAUGAAGGGUAAUCCAGACAACUUGAAUCGGGGUCUAGACUGUGAUGUAAUAGUAGCAGAAGUAAGAGCAACUAGCCACAAACCAGAUGAGAUCUAUGGAAUCAUUGAGCGUCUCUCACCUGGGACUAGAAAAAUAGAAUUAUUUGGUCGUCCACAUAAUGUUCAACCAAAUUGGAUAACACUGGGCAACCAGGUGGAUGGUGUGAGGCUUGUUGAUCCUGAAUUAAUUCAAGCAUUCAGGAAGCGUUAUCCAGAUGGAAAUUGUAUGACACCGCCUAAAUCAUAAUGUACUUGAUGUGAAACAAAGAAUCAAUUUAAAUUGCAAUGUGGAAAAAUAUUUAUUUUUAACACUGCUCAUCUUUUUAAGUACAAUAUUCUUAGAACUGAAUUAGCAUGUACACUGUUCCUUCAGGGGCCAAGAAAUGAUCCUUGCACUGGCAAUAAAACUUUUAGGUGUGUACCCAAUUGAAUUUUGGUGUUUGUGAACUUCAGUUUGGGUUUUAAAGCUUGAAAUAAAAAAUUAAUCCAACCCUGUACAGCAUCCUAAGUCCCAAGAUGCACAGUUGUGUUAUAUUCUGCAUGAAUUGGAUAGCUUUGUAGGCCUGUUUCACAAAACUGAAAAAUUACACAACUUAUAAUAUGUACAAGGAAUCGUAUGAACCCUUCCCAAACUGUGUUCACAAUACUGUAAUUUUGUUACCUAUGGAAUAAACAUAACUGAAUUAAUAAUCAGCAGUCCCACAGGUAUGACCCUCCAGAGCUUAAUCAAAACAAUAUUGCAUACCUUGACCAGGUUUAUCAAUUUAAGCUUUCAUUCAAUUAGCUGGAAUUUGAGUUACAUACAGGUCAGUACUUGGUGAUAGCUUAAAUUUGAUGAAGGGUGUAUAUUGUAAAGGAAACCAGAAUGACUGAAUUUUAGAAAUCUGCAAAGACCACUGAAUUUAAAAACAAAGACUAUAAUUACACAUGAUUUAAAUUUAAUGCCUUUAACAUAAUUAUGCAUAUAUUCACUACCAUUUACAAUAUAUUUGUACAUAGGCAGAGUGAUAAAGCACAUGCAAGGUUUCCAUAUUGAACCUUUCACAGAUGUUGAGAAAAGUGUACCUAAUGUGAAAGAAAAAUUCUUUUUUGAGCAAACUGGUUUAAA